AGGGAGAGAAAGCCAACAGGUUGAUCUGGAUUACCUCAACAGUCACACCCUCCCUACUUUAUGAACAUAGCUGAACAGGUGUUUGUAAUUCAUUAGCUAAACUGAGCUCAGCGCAGACAGGAAUUAAAUCUACGCUUCUUCUCCCCAGGGUGCUUCUUGUCUGUUUCAGUAGCAGCAGCCAGCCGGCCUAGUGCUUCUUCUGGCUCUCUCGCAGCCACCAUGACUAGCCACCGUUCCAGGGACUUCAGUAGCCUCAGUAGCCGUUCUCCUACUUCACUAGGGGACUCUUCCUGCCGGAGGAGGGAAAGGUCGUACUCCCCAUCUUCAAGAUAUGGGGCCUGUUGCAGCCCCACUGGCGGUCUCACCAGCAGGCACAGCUUCAGCGCCUCGAACCUCACUGGAUAUGGGGGUUCUGCCUAUCCCAAGGUCUCCUACAACAAGCGGCUGCUGACUCCCCUGAAUCUGGAUUUUGAUCCCUCCAUCCAGGCGAUACGGACCAAAGAAAAAGAUGAAAUAAAGACACUCAAUAACCAGUUUGCUGCCUUAAUCGGAAAGGUUCAGAGUCUGGAACAGCACAACCAGGUCCUGCUUACGAGGUGGAACUUCUUGAGAGAGCAAGACAACUCCCUUUCUGACUUGGAUAUCAAACUUCUCUAUGACCAGUACAUGAACAAACUGAGGCAACAGAUCCGAUCUAUUGAUGCCGAGAAAGAGCAGCUGGACUUGGAACUCGAUGAAGUGUUGGAGACCAUGGACAGUUUCCGAAGCAAAUAUGAGGAUGAAAUAAACAAACGCAGUGCAAUGGAAUUUACCUUCACAACGCUCAAAAAGGAUCUGGACAAUGGAUUCCUACACAGAACGGAAUUGGAAGCAAAACUGAACGGACUUCAUGCUAUGGCAGAGUUAAUGAAAACUAUCCAUGAGCAGGAACUUGAGGAGGCAAUGUCACAAAUCAAGGACAUCUCUGUUGUCCUGGGGAUUGACAACAGAAUCAAUUUCGACCCUCACAGGAUUGUGGAGGAUGUAAGGGCCCAGUACGAAGCCCUGGCUCGCAGGAGCUGGGAGGAGUUAGAGGAACUCACAAGAAGCAAGCUGAAUGAAGGAGAGUUGCAGUCUGCUAAGUAUGGGGAUCAUCUUCUUAAUGACCGAAGAAUAAUUGCUGAGCUGAAUAUACAAAUCCAGAAAAUGAGGUCUUGCAUCCUAUCACUGAAAAGUCAGUGUCUUCGUCUGGAAGGAUCCCUUAAAGAAGUUGGAGCACAGGGUGAAGCUGCCCUUAAUGAUGCCAGAGCCAAACUGGCCAACUUGGAGGAAGCCCUUCAAAACCUCCGGCAGGAUUUGGCUCACCUCGUUAAGGAGUAUCAAGAGCUGAUGAACAUUAAGCUGGCCUUAGACAUAGAGAUUCUUACCUACAGGGAGUUGAUGGAAGGGGAAGAGAUCAGCAUGGAGUCCCCAGCAUUUGCUUUCAUUAGCAGAAUCUACUCUGGGCCAAAAUUCUAUUCAUCAAACCCCAGCAACAUGACCAUUUCAAAUGUGACAUCCCAAGGAAGAGAAACUUCAACAGACAGAAUGAGUCACAGUAUGGAAAGUGGACUUUCUAGAAGUCAGAGUGGUGGUACAGGGGGAGUCUCUGGUGGUGACUUCUCUAGAAGCCACAGUAGUGCGAGUGAAGGAGCCCCGAAAGCUUUAAGAUACCACAGCAGUACAAGCAGAGGCACUUUGGAGACUAGUCUUUCUAGAAGUCCUAGCAGCAGAAGUGGAAACUUUGCAGACAUCGAAAACAGCACAGAAAGCAGCAUGUCUAGAAGCCACGAGAGUGGAAGCUUUUCACAGCCUGAUACUUAUAGGAGCAGCAGGAGCAGGGAUAGUCUAGAAGGUGGGCUGUCUAGAAGCGCCAGUGGGGGUACCUCAGAAGAACUAAUUCUGCUGAAGAUGGCGGAGUCCCAGUGGGUGGCAUUUCUAGAAGUCAUAGAGAGACAAGCAGGAACAGGUCAGAGGGCAGCUUUUCUAGAAGCCAGGGUGAUGAAGCUGGAUCUCACAGCAGCCAAGGAAGGGAAGUAUAUGUUGAGCCUCUCAUUUUGA